AUGGGUCGUUUCAAGAGCGAUAAUGGCGGCUCGACGGCCGAGCCCGCGACUGGACUGGCUCUGAAGGUCGUCGUUAUGAAGGCUAGAAACUUGGCUGCCAAGGAUCGAAAUGGCAUGUCAGACCCGUAUCUCGUCCUCAGACUAGGUGAUGCCCGCGCCGUUACGCACGCCGUGCCGAAAACGCUGAACCCGGAGUGGAACAUCAUCGAACAGCUGCCAAUCAACGGCAUAAACAGUCUCGUCCUCGACGUUAUUUGCUGGGACAAGGAUCGAUUCGGUAAAGACUACCUCGGUGAAUUCGACCUCGCCCUCGAAGAAAUAUUUCAAAACGAAAAGAAUGCCCAAGAAGCCAAAUGGUACCCUCUCCGCAGCAAGCGACCUGGCAAGAAGACCAGCAUUGUGUCCGGCGAGGUCAUGCUGCAAUUCACCCUUCUCGACAUCGCCAAUCCCGCUUCCCCGCACCCGCAGACCAUGGAAAGGCUCCAAUCCCUCAUCCGCUCUGUUCCUGUUGCUUCUACUGGUAGCGCUGGUGUGACGCCUGCCGCCGUGACACCCCAGCGAGCGGAUCCUCUCGGCGAGUUCGUGGAAGACGAUGACGAGGAAGGCUCCGAUUUCGAAGAAGACAGCAACGAUGAAGGAGAGGGAGAGGGUGAAGAUGAGGGUGAAGAUGCCUCCAAGCCCGAGACAGCCGAAAAACGUCGACGCCGACUCCGAAUUCGAGGACUCAAGCGCAAAAAUCGACGUAGCGCGUACGCCUUCACCAAUGGCGACAGCGACGUUGUCGGCAUCAUUUACCUCGAGAUUUGUCGUGUUACCGAUCUUCCACCAGAGCAUAACCUUACCCGUACCAGCUUUGAUAUGGAUCCCUUCGUUGUCGCUUCCCUCGGCCGAAAGACAUACAGAACUCGCCGCGUCCGACACAACCUCAAUCCAGUAUUCAACGAAAAAAUGAUCUUCCAGCUGCUUAACCAUGAAAAGUCGUACAGCUUUUCAUUCACCGUAAUUGAUCACGAUAAGUACUCUGGCAACGAUUUCAUCGCAUCUUGCACGCUUCCUGUCCAAGAUUUGCUCAAGAAGGCGCCCCAGGCCGACCCAACCACCGGAUUGUACGAAGUUCGCGAGCCUCAAGAGCCUCGAGAGGCCACUCCUCUGCCGCAUAAGUCUCGUCUGCAGAGAAUGGGUCUCUCGCGCAGUUCCUCGUCUCAAAGCCUCAACAAAAAAUCCAACAAGGCCGCCUCAGUCACCAGUGCCCCGUCCCAAGCGCCGUCUUUGGAGGCCAGCCAGUCCACAAGCAACCCAAGUCUACUAGCCCCCCCAGAGACACAAUUCACAUCACUCACAGAGCUGGAGACCAAUGGGGAGGAUGACGACCCGGAGUUCCACGAAUUCUCUGUGCCGCUGACGCUGAAGAACAUUGAAAAAUGGGAGGCCAAACAUAGCCCAGUAGUGUAUCUCAGGGCCAAGUAUGUCCCGUAUCCUGCGCUUCGUCAGCAGUUCUGGCGUGCCAUGCUUCGACAGUACGAUACCGACGAGAGUGGCCGCAUCAGCCGUAUUGAGCUUACGACUAUGCUCGACACUCUGGGUUCGACACUCAAGGACUCAACCAUCGACAGCUUCUUCCAGCGCUUCCCUCACAAGGCUGCCGAUAAUGAAGAGAGCUGGGAUCUCACUUUCGACGAGGUUGUCAUUUGCCUCGAGGAUCAGCUCGAAGCCAAGUCUAGACCAGAGAGCAGCGUAGUGGAUAAGGUUAAGUUUCUCACUGUUGGGGGCAACGCAGAUCAAGGUGGCGCGAAUUCGGGUUCGUCAACGCCCAGUGACGGCGGCCAAGACUUUACUGAAAAGGAAGACUCUGGCGACGAGCAUGUUGUUGAGAUUCGCGAGUGUCCCAUUUGCCACCAACCCCGCCUCAACAAGCGCAACGAUACCGAUAUUGUUACUCACAUUGCAACCUGCGCAAGUCAAGACUGGCGACAGGUGAAGACUGUCCUCAUGGGUGGCUUUGUUACAGCCAGUCAAGCCCAACGCAAGUGGUACUCCAAGGUUAUCACCAAGAUUUCGUAUGGAGGAUACAAGCUUGGUGCCAAUUCGGCCAAUAUCCUUGUCCAAGAUCGCCUCACGGGCCAGAUCAACGAGGAGAAGAUGAGUGUUUACGUCCGACUUGGCAUCCGAAUGUUGUACAAGGGGCUGAAGUCGCGCGAUAUGGAGAACAAGCAGAUUCGUAAAAUGUUGAAGAACUUGAGUAUCAAGCAGGGUAAGAAGUUCGACGACCCGGCGUCCAAGGAUGAAAUCGAAAAGUUUAUCCACUUCCAUCGUCUGAACAUGGACGAGGUCUUAUUGCCGCUCGAUCAGUUCCAAAACUUUAACGAGUUCUUCUACCGUGCACUGAAGCCGGGGGCACGUCCCUGCUCAGCACCAAACAACCCGGCCAUCAUCGUGUCGCCAGCAGAUUGCCGCAGUGUAGUCUUCAACCACCUUACGCAAGCGACUAAGAUUUGGGUCAAGGGUCGCGAGUUCAGUAUGAAGAGGCUCUUGGGAGAUGCAUACCCGGACGACGUGGCCAGAUUCGAAAAUGGUGCAUUGGGAAUCUUCCGUCUCGCACCACAAGACUACCACCGCUUCCACAUUCCCGUCGAUGGUGUCAUGGGUGAGCCCAAAACGAUUGCCGGAGAGUAUUACACUGUCAACCCUAUGGCUAUUCGAUCAGCACUUGAUGUCUAUGGCGAGAACGUCCGUGUGGUGGUACCCAUUGACAGCGAGGUGCAUGGCCGUGUGAUGGUCAUUUGCGUUGGCGCGAUGAUGGUCGGCAGCACCGUCAUUACGCGGACGGCGGGUGAAAGAGUCCAGCGCGCCGAGGAGCUGGGAUACUUUAAGUUUGGAGGCAGCACGAUCCUGCUGCUCUUUGAGCCCGGGAAGAUGCGAUUUGAUUCCGACUUGACUGAGAAUGCUAGCGGUGCACUUGAGACUUUGAUUCGCGUUGGAAUGUCUGUUGGUCAUUCGCCUGACGAGCCGCAGUGGGCGGACGACAUGCGCGUGAGCGAGGAGAACAUUACCGAAGAACAGAAGAAGGAUGCCAAGCGUCGCAUCCAGGGUAGUAUGGCCCAAGACUCGCCCAGCGAUAGCAAUGACGACGAUGGGCUGCACAAUCUGCCACCGACCAUGAACACGAUGGCAGCUUCCGCGUUGUAA